UAACAAGGAAGCAGAACGAACCAGAAGGAUUAUGAGGAUUCAUCGAUAAGGGAAAGCUGCAGCUUUCGAAAAAUUUACUGUUUCGGUCUUUAAAAUGGAAAUCUAACAAGUUAUAGGGUAACCUGUGUGAAUUAUUAAAAUAAAGGUAUUCAGGCACAAUGAUGUCAGAAUGCGACCCGACAGAGACACAGCCCUGCGAGAACGUCGGAGGGAUAUUGACGUCAGAGCCGGAAUCCAACUUUCAGUCCACGGACACUGCAAACGCGUUAUUUGACAGUAACCGGACAGUGUUGGGGCUUACGGCAACCCCCGGAGUUGCUGUCCGUAUUUCGGACUCUCGUGAAAGCGUUCUUACAGAGCUGGAGACAGAGGGCUCCGGCGAAGAGACGCUGCUCUUACCGUGUUUAACUGCAGGCUCGUCAUCACCGCGUAGCGUGAAAGAGAAGUGGAGCAAGCGGAGCAGACACAGCUCCUCAUCGGAUAAAGACACCUUAGCCUCUCCAGGGGCCAGCAGUGGAGACUUCAACCAUUUCCCCAAUGAUCCAGAGUUUUCAGAUAUCAUCCAAAGGACAGAGCAGGCCAUCGAGAAUGGCGUCCCACCGGAGAGGAUUUCACAAGGCUCUAGUGGGAGCUACUUUGUCAAAGACCCUAAGGGGAAAAUCAUUGGUGUUUUUAAACCAAAGUCAGAGGAGCCUUAUGGUCACCUGAACCCUAAAUGGACCAAAUAUUUUCAUAAGCUGUGCUGUCCGUGUUGUUUUGGCCGAGGCUGUUUGUUACCAAACCAGGGCUACCUCUCAGAGGCCGCUGCCUCAUUGGUUGACACCAAGCUUGGCCUGGGAGUGGUGCCAAAAACAAAGGUGGUCUACUUGGCCAGUGACACAUUUCAUUACAGCGCCAUCGACAGAGCAAAGUCCAGGGGAAAGAAGUACGCCCUGGAGAAAGUCCCCAAGGUGGGGCGACGCUUCCACAGAGUCGGACUGCCCCCCAAGGUGGGUUCCUUUCAGCUUUUUGUGGAAGGUUACCGUGAAGCAGACUAUUGGCUGCGGCGCUUCGAGGCCGAACCUCUGCCCGAGAACAUCAGGAAGCAGCUGCAGUCCCAGUUUGAGCGGCUGGUGGUGUUGGACUACGUUAUCAGGAACACAGAUCGAGGCAACGACAACUGGCUGAUAAAGUAUGAGAAGCCUGGAGAAAGAAAAGAAGAAGGUGCAGGACAAGGGGAUCCUGAUUGGCCAGAGAACUCCCAAGACUCCUGCAUCAAAAUUGCAGCAAUCGACAAUGGCCUUGCGUUCCCGUUCAAACACCCGGACGAAUGGAGAGCCUACCCUUUCCACUGGGCGUGGCUGCCCCAGGCCAAGGUGGCGUUCUCCCAGGAGACCAGAGACCUGGUUCUGUCCCGACUCUCUGACAUGAACUUUGUCCAGGACCUGUGUGAAGACCUCUAUGAGAUGUUCAAGACUGAUAAAGGUUUUGACAAAACCAUGUUUGAGAAACAAAUGUCUGUGAUGAGGGGACAAGUGUUAAACCUGACCCAGGCCUUGAAGGAUGGGAAGAGUCCCAUUCAGCUGGUGCAGAUGCCCAGGGUGGUGGUGGAGCGCAGCCGCUCUGGAGGUCAGGGUCGCGUGGUAACACUGGGCAACGCCUUCACACAGACUUUCCACUGCAAGCGGCCCUUUUUCUCCUCAUGGUAGUCAGAAAAGAGCGAGAGGAGAAAAUGUGCAGCAGCUGCUUUUCUGGGUGUUUUUUUCCCACUCUGUCCCUGAAGCUGAGUGUCACUGGAAAACUGUUGAUUAUUUGACGACAGGAAAUGAAGAUAAAUUGUCUGUGAAGAUUUCCACUCUUUGUGUGGAAAACACAAAGAGUUGUUGAAGCUGGAUGAUCACCAUGUGAGCGGUUACCAUGGUGACCGUUUGGCGUAAUCCGUUUCUCUACAGAGGUGAGAUUUGUCCACUGUUGGUACGCAGAAACACUUUCUUUUGUUUCGUUUUUUUGAAGUUUUUACUCUCACAAAGAAUCUCCAGGAAAUCUGUGCAGUGGCCAAAGAGCAGCACUUACAGAUCAGAGCUCUGUGGUUCACACUGAGGCAAAGAGGGGUUUACACACAUCCAUAAGAACUAGUCUCGAUUCUCCAGGAUAACUAACUGCUUUCAUAGUUUACCACAGGGCUGUCACUGUCAAGAAAUCAUGCUUGGGAAAAUUCCAGACCUUCUACUGCCUUGCAUUUCCCAUCAUACAGUUUUUCUUGUUGGCAGGUGACGUAUCAGUUAGGACCAGGACACUCCAUCUGCCCAGGCACAGAGGCAUUAAUAACCAGGAGUGUUAUAUUUCAGGUUGAGGUCAUGUGAUGCUGCUCAUACACUUAAUGAUGUUUUUGUCCUUCUUGGAUGACCCUUUUUGCUUGCUUGCUAACAGCAAAACUGUAACUAUCUUUAGAUAGGUUUUCGUCUGAAUGAUUUGUCAACAUGAUGAGGACCAAAGGCAGACUAGAGGUACCGUCAGUCUUUGAGCGACAUGUUGGAAUGAAUGCAGUUCCAUGGAACAUAGAACCUGAAAUAUGCCACUUAUGGGUUGAUUGAUAUUCACUCAGUGAAGACUGUUAGCCUCCUCACUUACAGAAAAACAACAGACUACUAGCUUCUGAUUGGGUACGCGGCUGCAAUAAUAAAGUGCCAUAAAGAGAGAAAUCCAGUUAAAGGUCAUUAAGGAGGUCAAUGAGCAGCGCUUCGCAGACAUAUGCACAAUUUAAAUAUGCACACAGUAAAAUGACAUGCUUACCAUGACUUGCUUACCAACAGCAGAAAGAAACUAAAGUCUUAUCACAUCAUGCAAAAAGUCAUUGGAGCUGCACUCAAGUUGAUGAAGCCUCAACUUUGACCUUUAACCCCCAAGUUUUUGAACUGCAGAUGGAAAAUAACAAAUUCCUUUCUUGUUUUAUUGGAUUGUGUGUUCAUCUGCAGUGGGCACUUGCACAGCUUAAUUUUCUUUUUCACACAAAUGUGAUUAGCUGAAAGUGUUAGCAUUCUAAACCACAGCAGUUGGACAAACCCAGACCCAGUGUCUUUGAGUCUCACUACUGCCAAACUCUGAUGGUGGACGGUACAUGAAAAACAAAACAUACAAACAAAAACAAAAAAACACUCGAACUUGACGGUGUGGUUUUGCUGGUGUGGGAAUUCACACGUAAUGCUUGAAUGUACUCCGUUUACGUUUUCUACACUCUGCCCUCACUCCUGGAACAUUUCAAUACCAGUGAUUGCUGUGGGAAAAGAGACUUUUCUCAACAAUGAAUGUAUUUGUUGUUUAACAUGUAUCUGGUAACUGCUGGUGAACAGCUUUCUCUGGAACCUCGCGGCAUUUGGGCGGGGCACGGGGGUUGACAUCACGUCGCCUUGCUUUACUACAAGAAGAGGAAAAAAAAACCCGACAAAAAACAGGAGAAUUCCAUACUUGCUUGAAUCUGUUGUUUUUCCAAUGUAUGCAUCUUGAAGUUUGUAUUCCAACUCAAUGAUUGUCAUGAGAAAAGCUGUAUAUUUAACAGUAAAAGAAAUAAAAUUUUGGAAGUUUAAGAUA